AUGGGAACAUCUCCUGAAGACGUUGGGAGAGGGAAGGAUGCAUUGGUUCAUCCCAUAUGGGAUUGUGGAAGCCCGUUGUAUGACUCGCAUGAGUUGGUCUCGAUUGUUUAUACAAUCGAGAGGCAAAUGAUGUUGUGGCCGAGUUAUGAUGGGCUAAAACGGCCAAUCAUAACCCAGUUCAUGGAUACAGAGAAAGAAACUUCAAUCCGACAUGUUUCGAAAUGUUCUUCUGUGGUAACAAGUUCUAGUGAAACUUUCACGACGAACAUGUGGCUGAAGAAGUUGACUAGCCAAGGGAUCAAGAAGAAGCACAGAAAAAUGAAAGGUCGCUUUUUUAGAUUGGUUUGCGGAUGA